GUUGUCAAAUAAAAACUAUAGCCUCUGGUCUUAAAAAGCAAUAAUAAUAAAAAUUAAUUUGCUAUGAAUAAAAUAAAAUUUAAAGUACCUGAGACUUAAUAUUUUAUUUAUAAAGUAUUUUAAUAUUUUUUAUUAUUGACGAUGUCUUUUGGUGGAUUUAUAGAUUUUUUUCAAAAAGGAAAAACAUUUCGACCAAAAAAAAAAUUUUCUCCUGGUACUCUACGUUACUCAUUGUAUAAACAAGCUCAAGCAUCGUUAAGUUCUGGAAUAAAUCUAAGAACAGCAGUGCAAUUGCCAGUGGGAGAAGAUUUAUAUGAUUGGAUUGCUGUUCAUGUAGUUGAUUUUUUCAAUCGAAUUAAUUUGAUAUAUGGUACUGUCUGUGACUAUUGUACUGAAGAAUCAUGUCCAACAAUGAGUGGUGGUCCAAAGUUUGAGUACUUAUGGGCCGAUAAAGAAAAGUAUAAAAAACCAACCCAACUUCCUGCUCCUCAGUAUGUAUCAUUACUUAUGGAUUGGAUUGAAAACCAAAUAAAUAACGAAAAUCUUUUUCCUGUAUCAACUGAUGUGCCAUUUCCAAAAUCUUUUUUGCCAUUGUGUAAGAAAAUACUUACUAGAUUAUUCAGAGUUUUUGUCCAUGUUUAUAUUCAUCAUUUUGAUAGAAUUGUAUCAAUUGGAGCUGAGCCCCAUGUUAAUACUUGUUACAAACACUUCUACUACUUUAUUACUGAAUUUGAUCUAGUAAUCAGCAAAGAGUUGGAGCCAUUAAUGGAAAUGACUACUAAAAUAUGUCACGAUGUAAUUCAAAAUUAAGUUAUUAGUCUCUAUUUUCAAACUACAUACUAGUUAUGAAAAUACAAAUAAGUAUAACUUAGAAAAUAUUCUUUUAACAAAUGUAUACCAUAAUUGUUACUUAUAUAAUGUACUUUGGUAUGUUUUAAUAAAUUAUAUAAA